AUGAUGGAGACAAAUUGGAUCAUUCAAUCGCUGCUCCUCUUGUCAGUUACCAUGUUUUUUGCCAUUGCUAUACCAAAUGAGCAGAAUCAGAAUGUGACAGAAGACUCCAUUCAGUUGAGUGUGACUAGGAAUAAAAUUAUGACAGCACAGUAUGAAUGCUAUCAGAAAAUUACACAAGAUCCUAUUCGUAGUAAAGAAGGUCCUUACUGUAACAGAACAUGGGAUGGUUGGUUGUGUUGGAAUGAUGUUGCAGCAGGAACCGUAUCAAUACAACGCUGUCCUGACUACUUUCAGGACUUUAAUCCAUCAGAAAAAGUUACAAAGAUUUGUGACCAAAAUGGAAACUGGUUUAGACAUCCCGAAAGCAACAGAACAUGGACAAACUACACCCAGUGUAAUCUCCGUACACAUGAAAAAGUAAAGACAGCCCUGAAUCUGUAUUAUCUGGCCAUCAUCGGGCAUGGUCUUUCAAUUGCAUCACUUUUGAUUUCCCUUGGCAUAUUCUUUUAUUUUAAGAGCUUGAGUUGCCAAAGGAUCACCCUACAUAAAAAUCUGUUUUUCUCUUUUGUUUGCAACUCCAUCGUUACAAUAAUUUGGCUGGCGGCAGUUGCCAACAACCAGCAGUUAGUUGCAACUAAUCCACUUAGUUGCAAAGUAUAUCAGUUCAUUUACUUGUAUUUAAUCGGUUGCCAUUACUUCUGGAUGCUCUGUGAAGGCAUUUAUCUGCAUACUCUCAUUGUGGUGGCUGUCUUUGCAGAGAAACAACACUUGAUGUGGUAUUAUCUUCUCGGCUGGGGAUUCCCAUUGAUCCCUGCCUGCAUACACGCUGUAGCAAGAAGUAUGUAUUUCAAUGACAACUGCUGGAUCAGUUCUGAAACUCACCUGCUGUACAUUAUCCAUGGGCCUAUUUGUGCUGCUUUAGUGGUGAAUCUUUUUUUCCUGUUGAAUAUUGUUCGAGUUCUGAUAACCAAGCUCAAAGUCACACACCAGGCAGAAUCCAAUCUGUACAUGAAAGCUGUGAGAGCUACACUCAUUCUAGUGCCACUUCUUGGCAUUGAAUUUGUGCUGAUUCCAUGGCGACCAGAAGGCCGUAUUGCUGAAGAAGUAUAUGACUACGUGAUGCAUAUCCUUAUGCAUUAUCAAGGUCUGUUGGUGGCUACAAUUUUCUGCUUUUUUAAUGGAGAGGUCCAAGCUGUUUUGAGAAGGCACUGGAAUCAGUACAGAAUCCAAUUUGACCACAGCUUCACUCACUCAGAUACUAUGCGCACAGCUUCCUACACGGUAUCAUCCAUCAGUGAUGUUCAGGGCUACAGCUUCAAUCACGAUUUCACGAAUGAACAUUUAAAUGGGAAAAGCUACCAUGACAUGGAGAAUAUUGUUUUAAAAGCUGAAAAGCUGUAUGGUUGA